GGAAAAACUAAAGUAUGACAUUCCAUUUCUUAUUGCGGUUUUGUUCUGCCAAAUCCAAAUCCCAUGACCCAAUCAUUUACACUCCCUCUCAAUCUGUGCAAAAUUGACUGCUUCCCCUGAAAACGUGCGCAAUAAGGUGGUCAUUCUGUUAGUAGAACUUUGGAAGGUCUCUGAAAGUAAACACUCGUCGACAAAUUUUGGGAGCAGUUGCAUAAAAGGAAUGGUCUCCCAACUCGGAGAUAAUGGAGACGCGUACUGGAAAUUCCCGUCCCAAUAAAAAGCAAUCUUUGGAGAAGUCUAAAUCUGCCACUGAAGAGAAAAGACCUGCAGAAAAAGAAGCAAACACUUCUGUGUUUGUCAACUAUGCUGCAAUUGCUUGGCAUGAGAGUAGAAGAAAGUGGGUAGGGGAUCAGCGGCUGCAAAGAAUGGCCAAAGAUCCAAUUAUAAGCUGGUCAACAGCCUAUGAGGAUCUACUUUCAACCAAUGAGUGUUUUCCUGAGCCGAUCCCCUUAACUGAGAUGGUUGACUUUUUAGUUGAUAUUUGGCAUGAUGAAGGUCUGUUCGAUUAGGCAGUCCAGAAAAGUUCAAAGUAGACCCUCUACGAUCCCUGAUUACAGAUGAUAGUCUAAAUCCUUGUAGCUGAUUAAUCCCAUGAACUGGGAAAGCUUUGGCACAUAUGAACAACAGUAAAUCUGAACUGUUCCCCUAAUUCUUUGUAUGAUAAAACUAGAUAUUGUUAAACAUUGCCGCUACUGUGGGGAAACAAAAAAUGAAUGCAUCCUCUUCAGGUCAGAAUGAUGAUCUAUGAAUAACUUUCAGGACAACUAUGUUCUGUUUCCAGAUAUCAUCAGAUAUUCGGAUUUGAG